UCGAACAUCAGCAUUUGCUAUCUUAUCUCAGCAACACAGACAACUCUACCACUAAGCAGCUGACUCCCAAGAUGGCAUCGGGCGGGCUCCAGAUCCUCGGCAUCGCUCUCGCAAUCAUCGGCUGGUUGGGAACGAUCAUCAUCUGCGCCCUACCCAUGUGGAAGGUGACUGCGUUUAUUGGCAAUAACAUCGUGACAGCGCAGAUCUUCUGGGAAGGCCUGUGGAUGAACUGCGUGAAACAGAGCACCGGACAGAUGCAGUGCAAGGUCUACGACUCCAUGCUGGCUCUCCCUCAAGACCUCCAGGCCGCUCGCGCACUGGUCGUCAUCUCCAUCCUGGUAACCGUGCUGGGUAUCCUGAUGUCCAUCGCCGGAGGGAAAUGUACCAACUGCCUGGAGGAGGGAGCCGCCAAGGCUAGGGUGGUCGUGGCCUCCGGCGUCUUCUUCCUGGUCGGCGGCGUUCUCUGCUUGAUCCCGGUCUCCUGGUCCGCUCACUCCGUGAUCAGAGACUUCUACAACCCCAUCAUGACAGACGCGCAGAGGCGAGAGCUGGGCGCAGCGCUGUUUAUCGGUUGGGGAGCCGCCGGCCUGCUGUUGCUUGGAGGAGCUCUGCUCUGCUGCCAGUGCCCCAAGAGCGAUGACCGCGGUUACUCGGCCAAGUAUUCCGCCCCAAGAUCUACUUCCAGCGGGCGAGCCUACGUGUAAUGGUGGUGCAGACGACGAGACACGUGUGGAAGCUUCUAUUUCUGAUGCGAGGCAGACUUUGAUUUUAAAUUCAUACGAACCCAACAUACUAACUUUUUAUUGAAAUAAAUUUUAUUGCAUUUUUUU